UUUAGCUUCCGGAGCUGCAAAUUCAAAGUUCAUCGAUGUAAGGAGGGGACAGCGAGAGUGGUAGUGUGGAUGAUGGGUGUACUUCACUCCUAUACUAUGGAGGCAUCCUUUGGGGGGGCCUCAGAGGGACCCCGGGCCGGCACCCACUACAACAUACACGACUUCCUCUCCAUGGGUCGACAGUUCUGUGAAACUCUCUUUGAAUAUUUUGAUCCUCAACCCAUCAAGGAAAAACUGAGGAACAAACUUUGGUCAAGAUUGAUCAAGAAAGGCUCUAAUGCAGAUGAACCAGCAUCCAUUGACUUCAGCGAGAGCAACUCGAGCAGCGGUGACUCAGACAGGCAUGCGACGCCGGUGAGGCUGAGGAAGAAGAAGACACUGAGGAGCACUCGGAAGAAGGUGGGCGUGAGCAGGAGCAGUGUGGCGCAGGUAGUGGACAAGGUCACCACACAGAUGAGGAUGGAUAAGACAGAGCGACGCAGUAAAACUUUACAGCACAGUCGGUCUGGCUCGUCUGGCUCGCCGGUGACCAGUUGCAGAGAACCCUUGGUGGGUGACCGGGUCAGUGGUAGACUGUGUAGUGAAGCUACAUCAGGCGACUCGCUUCUCCACGACACAGUUUACAAGCCUCCACUAGAUACCAAGCCAUGCCUUAAAAAACUACUGGAAAGAAUACCAGUCUCCAGCAGUGCACUUGACCUAAGCUCAGGACGUACCAGCCUUAAACCAACCCAGUACAAGCUAGAGGAAGCUUUGCCUACGCCCUGCUCUGCCCCCCCACUGCGCAGGUCCAGUCAUAGCCUCAUCCGUCCUCCCUUGCAAUCCUCCUCAGCCACUCGGGAGUGCUCCUCCUCUUCCCCUGCCCCAUCAGAGAAACUCACCACUGGCUCUGUGAACGAGUCUUUAGCACACAGACGCAACAACAACAGACACAGGGAUGCCACCAAUAAUGACAUGUGUGACAUAGACAGCCUGGACCCCCAUGAGCCACGUGGAUACCUUGAUGGGGCAACAAAAAGCUAUAUGGAGCGUAUGGGAGAGCUCAUGGCCUCUAGACUUGCCAUCAGUGACACUGAAGAAGGCAGUGUGAGUAACUUCUGGGAAGCUGACCCACCCUCCCGACUCUUGCUGCCCACACCAAGUGUCAGAAGACUGGAGGCCCUGGAGCCAGUGGUGGCCAAGACACGGCUGCACGAUCCUCGACGACCUGCCAGAACCACCCGACCAACACCAACCAUGUACUCCUCCGUCCGCACUGCCCACGUCAUACACCGAGGCACUGCCCACCUACACAGGGUCCCCUUUACUCGCAGGGACAAACAUAAUGAUCAAAUAAAGAACAAAAGAAGAGACAAGGAUGAGGAAAAAUCAUUCCAGUACCUUCAAGAUGACAGAAUGAAAGAGAACGGGCACUUACAAAAUUAUGACUCUAGAUCUGUUUAUAAUGGAUACGACAACAAUAACUUAAUAUGGGUCAGAAAACCUAAUGGAGAUACUUUAGACUAUCUAACGGAUUCAUUGAGUAAUGCAAAUUUUAGUUAUCAUCGCUAUUCGUCUCAGCCGUGCCAGCUGGACAUGGGACCCUGUGAGGAUCUCCUGGUAUCAGGUGAGGAGGUAGUCCUAAGACUAUCGGUCCCCCCAACACCCAAGAUGGUCGUCACUGCCAGGCCUUGGGAAGAAACUUCAGGGUCGCUAGCAUCGCGGAAGGGUAGUACAACUAGGCACAGCAGAAGGGGCAGUACCACUAAAGUUUCCACCACAAGAGAUAUGGAUGAAGAGCAACUGUGUGCUGAUAUUGCUACUUGUGAUACUCUUUUUUUAGACACUUCUGCUCAGGAAACACCAGAACUGAUUGCUGCUAGGAACCUGAAGGGUAAAGUUAAGAAGAAAAAAUCUGUUAAAACACGAGGUGGAAGUGGGGAGACAGAAAAGAGAAAAGAUGAUAAAGAAAGUGAAAGCAACUAUAAGGUCACACAAGAUGAAGACUCCGAAAAACUUUUUAAGGUGGAUGACGGACAUGGGAAAGAGGUGUCUGAAAGUACACCCUCUGAAGGUAAGAUUAAAAAAAAGAUAAAGAUCGUUAUUGGUAAAAAGUCUAAGACCAAAGUAAGUAAGAAAAAUUUACAAGAGAAAUAUUCAUAGGCCAUUUUGCAUAUGAAUACAAUCAGGUGAAGCAUAACUUAAUAUACGGUAGUGCACCAAUUACAGGUACUGUAUACUGUAUUUUUAUAAUAUAUUUUGUCCAAUAAUUUGUUUAUUUUAUCAUAAGUUAGUUAGACUUAAAAGUUUCAUUGAAUAAAAAACUGUUUGUUUAUUGUAUAAUAAGUUAGUCAGAUAUUUCAAUGGCAGCUUGUUUAAAAAAAAUUGAUGAUUGCCCCUAAUAAAUUACUGCAUGGUAUAUAUUGUCUACAUAAAGCUUUUUGUAGUUACAGAUUGUGAAUAAUGUGUUUUCAUAAUGUGAUAAAAAUUACUGUACUGUAUACAGUAUAUGCAACAAGACCAAAGCUCAGUCUAGGACCAACAAUGCAUUUAGAAGCAUUAUCACCUUUUACAAUUUUCACAUUUCUUAUUAAAAAAUUUUGCGAUAGCAUCAGCGAGCCUAUAAAGAAAAUGUGCUGUGUGUGAAUUUUGGCAGUGAGAAAGUAGUGUGUUUAUACUGUACUAUACACAAGGUUAGCACAAAAAUAUAAGCAAAUUCUUAGGA